AUUACGGAAGUAAUCGAAAACCGGACAACGCCAGUCCAAAAUGAUCUCGAUGUCUAAUUAGUUGGAUAUAGUGUGUCAGGUUUGACAGUUGGGCGAAUAAGUGUAGAAAAUAUCUAAGAAGAAUUAAACAAGAUCAAAAUGAGUGUUCCUUAUAUACCAGGUGUAGAGGAAGGUACAUCAUUGGAAGGGAAUAUAGAAAUAAGUGCUAGUGACUUACAGUAUAUAAACUUUCCAGAGGACAAAUCAUACAACACUAUCAAUAUAACACAGUCGGACAUAGCAGAUUUUGGAGAUGAAGGAUUUUUAUUACAUAAUAUUUUAUCUGAUGACGAGUGCAGAUAUUUCAUUGAUGAAGGAGAAAGGCUUGGUUUUGAAACUAUCAGAGGAGUUAGGGAUGACUAUAGAAGCUGUAAAAGGAUAACUAUUGAUAGUAAAGAAUUAUCAGCUGUUUUGUGGUCUCGUAUAAAGUCUUAUGUUCAUGACAUCACCGUAAGUGACAAUCCACACUCUCUUCAUAUUCAUGGUUCACCAUCAUUGAUGAAAGGGACAUGGAAACCCAUCGGACUUAAUAAUAUAUUUAGACUGUGUAGAUAUUUUCCUGGUGGACAUUUUGCUCCACAUUUUGAUGGUCACUAUGAUGCUAGUCCUUCAGAACGGUCAUUGAAGACAUUCAUGCUCUAUCUGAACGGGGAUUUCUCUGGUGGUGCUACAAAUUUUGUGGAUGAAAGUCAAACGUUAUACAAGGAUGAAGUGACAGGGAAAUAUUGUGCUGAAGAGAAGAAUAUUUUAUGUUCUGUACAACCAGAGGCUGGCCUCGGAAUAUUGUUUAAUCAUCACAGACUGCAUGAAGGGGCUCAGUUAAAGGAUGGUGUGAAGUAUAUAUUACGUACAGAUAUCAUGUUUAAAAAUGUAGAUCAGAAACUUAGUGAAGAAUACAUAAAAGCUGUUAAACUUUUACAACAGGCAGAAACUUUAGAGAAUGGAGGAGAGUGUAUGAAAGCUGUAGAGUUUUACAGACAGGCAUUUAAACUUGCCCCAGAGCUGGAGAAUUCUCAUUAACAGGACUGUCAUUAACGAAGGUGUUUUGUGUUCAAAACAAAAUCUUUACCUGCGUAAAUAUUGGAUUCUUACAUUUUAAUACUUGAUCAGAAACUACAAGAUCUUCUGAUCAUAAAAUAACACAGUGACUUUAUAAAUACUUGUCCAUUUACUAUCAGUUCCAAAGAAAAUACCCUUUUCCGAAGUAUGGUAAAGCUGUGUUGUUGAAAAAUUUUCAUAACCUGAUAAUAUUGGAUAGUGAUAAUAG